GACAGCCCCGGCACAAGGGCACGGCUCUGUUUCGGUGCCCUCCCUGCCUUGAGAGGCACCUGCCCUCGGUACGCCUAGGGGCACAUUGUUUGGAAGCACACAAAUAGCUUGUAAAAGGUUAAUUAAGGCUCAAGGAGCAUUUAAUCAGCUGUUACAGCCCAGCUGCUUUAUAGCCCUCGGGUGCACGUGCACCGUGCCCGGCCACCACAGCAGGUCAGCCGUGUCCAGGAGCGUGAGUGGCUGGGCUCUGCUUAUUGCUGCCCCGCAGAGAUUUGACUUCACAACAGUUCAACCAAACCGGGCAGCAGCCAGGGCUGGUUUUGGCUGAGGAGCGGGGCUGGCAGGGGGCAGCCAGGGCUGCACAAAGCCGGCCACAUGCCCUGGCAGGGCUGUGGGGACUACCCCUUAAUGAAGGCAGCGGGCCCCAGCCACUGGAAGGAGCUGAAGGCCACGUGCGGCGGCAGCAAGCAGUCCCCAGUUAACAUCGACAGGCGCCGGCUGCAGAGGGACAGCGGCCUUGGGGACAUCGUCUUUGAGGGCUACGACCAGGCCCCCCCGGGCAAGUGGACGCUGGUGAACAAUGGGCACACGGUGAUGCUGAGCCUGGAGGGUGAGCCGGCCUCCGAGCACAUCGCCAUCAGCGGCGGGGGCCUCCCCGGCCGGUACCGCGCGCUGCAGCUCCACUUCCACUGGGGCAGCCUGGCCGGGAAUGGCUCCGAGCACACCCUGGACGGGCACCAGCUCCCCAUGGAGCUGCACAUCGUCCACAUCAACGUCAAGUACCGCACCCUGGGGGAGGCCAAGGGGCACCCGAGCGGGCUGGCCGUCCUGGGCUGCUUCUUCCAGGUCUCUGAAGCCCCAAACCCCAACUACAACACCAUCGUCAGCGGCCUGAGGAACAUCUCCCACGCUGGGCAGUCUGUGGACCUGGCCUCCACCUUCCGCCUGGGCACGCUGCUGCCACAUGCCAGCCGGCUCUCCAGGUACUACCGCUACCAGGGCUCCCUCACCACCCCUGACUGCAGCGAGGCCGUUGUCUGGACCAUGUUCGAGGAGCCCGUGGACAUUGGCUGGGCGCAGCUGCGGGCAUUCGUGAACACCGUCUACUUCCCGGCCUCGGGCCCCAUGCCCCUGAAGAUGACCGACAACUUCCGCCCGCCACAGCCACUCCGCAGCCGCAAGGUCUUCGCCUCCAGGGACGCCACCUCGAGCCGCGGCUGCCCCUGCCACCUCCUGUCCCCCCUGCUCCUGCUGGCCCUGCUCAGCCCCCUCUCGCCAUCCCCAUAGGGUCCAGCAUCCCCUGCCUGUCGCCUCCUAGCCCCCAGCAUCAUUGCACAGAUUUGAGGCGACGUCUGAUUCAUGGGAAAUGGGGAAAAAUGGUUAAAAAAAAAAAGCACGUCAGGACAGCAGCUGGGCCAGGGUGCUGCAGCCCUGGCUGGUGUGGACGUGGGGCUCGGCUAUAGGGUCUGUCGGGGCUGGAAUAAAGGAGAGCUCCUGGCCCCAUCGCUGCCUCCGGCUCCGUGUCCCUUCAGCAGUGACAGCGCUGGGUAAGUGGCAUGGGGGGCAGCGGCGAGCUGGGGGUGGCAGGAUGGGGCCAGGCUGGCUCUGUAAUGGUGCACAGCUCUCCCGUGAGCCCCAGGGGCCAAAUCCUGACCCAGCACGUGUCCCUGUGGUUGCUGUGUGUGCUGACGUGGCCACGUUGCCUUCCCCCGGGCCCUGUCAUGGGGACGUGGCACAUUUCAGCCCCACGGGGUGCAGCACGGGGAAUUUGUGGCCCAUUCCCAGGAGCUAAUUUUAGGCCAGCAGAAACUGCUGCAGCUGUGCCUGUGCUGCCCGGCCCCGCGCCUCAGGGCAGAGCCACGCAGAGUGGUGGCCCAUCGUUAUGGUGCUGAUGCUCCAGGCACUUCCAGCCUCUUCCAAAGUUAUGGGAGUAAGAGCACAGGUCCUCGGCCAGCAGCAGAGGGGAGCUGCUUGGGCUUUUCUUCAUUUCUGGGGGGAAAACGGUGCUGCAGCCCUGUGCGGAGCCAGCCAGGGCCAAGGUGUGGGUGCGCUGCAGAUCCAGGGAGCCCAGGGGACCCCCAGCAGCCACAGAGCAUUUGUGGACCCCACAGCCACUGCCUGAGCAUGGAUCCUUCAGGACAGCCCCUGGGAGAGGGCCCUGGCAGGGCUGAUGGGAACCCCUGGUGAGAGGGAGCUUCCUGGGGGGCUGCAGCAGCCAUGGGUGCAGGAGGGUGUCUGAACAUCCCCCAUGUGUGGGCCUUGGGCUCCCACUGAGGGCCGCAGAUGGGAAGAGGCGUCUUGAGCAGGUGGCCUGGAUGGUGUCUGGCAAUGACCCCGUGCACUGACUGCAGACCAGAGCGAAGGCUGAGCCCAAGCUGGGUCUGGCCUGAGACCUUCAUGGAGGAGCAGUUUGUUGGACCCCGGGGGUGCUGGUGCUGCACCGGCAUGGUCUGGCUUGGUCACUGCAGCCAAGCUCCAGCUGUCACCACUCUGGAGCAGCGGCCAUGCUCGGGGCCAUGAGCACUGACCUGCCCUCAAGGGCUCCGUGAGUGCUGUGCAGGGGGGUGAGAGUGCGGCUGGGGCCGGGGCCAGCCAGCACACAUGGGGCCACUCUUGUCCCCACGUGCCUGCCCCUGGCAAGCCACGGCCGGUGUGGAGGCUGCAGGCUGGUCCCUGCCACCUUGCCCCAGGGCUGUGUCCCCUGUGCCCUGCAGUGUCCCUGCACUUGGGGGCUUUGAACACACACGUGGGUGAGCCCAGGGGGAGGACGGGGCCAGGGGCAAGGCUGGGGCCUGUCCAGGAGCAGCGCAAUAAGCCCAUCAUGUGUGGAAGGGGACGGCGGCGGCCCCAAGAAACUCUCAGGCACCGUGCAGUACCUUGGCACAGAGCGGCCCAGGGCCCAGCAGGAGCACUGGUGGUCUGUAGCUUGGGGGGACCAGUCUCUGUGGCCACAGUGGCACUGGGCGGCACUGGGGAGUGAGGCACAAAGCUGUCUGGCCAUGUGAGCCCCCCUCACACACACACACACACACAAUUUCACUGUGUCCAUGGCUCAGCCUCAGUGUUCAACACGGCUGCAGGAUGGGCACUUUCAUGGCUCAGUUUUAGAAUCACCGCAUGGUUUGGGUGGGAAGGGACCUUAAUGCCCACCUUCCCCAGCCCCCUGCCAUGGGCUCGC